CUAAAAUUGAAGGUCGUACGUCUACGUACGAAAUCAAAAGAUGACUCAGUUUCUCGCCUUAUUCAGGGAAAAAGUGAUGGAUGAGACAUGGUUUGAAAACAAUAAACUGAAUACGCUGACUGAGAAAAACACUCAGCUAUUUCGUAGAAUAUCAAGACUUGAAGAAUCUCUAAAUUCGCUGGGGAAUAUUAAACCAGUUGAAAGAACACAGUAUGAACUGAGCAACAAAGUCAAUGGAAGUAUCUUAAAAGACAAAUACUCUUCGUUUCUGCUCCAUGAUUCGCCUGAUCAGAGGAUAUUUGGGGAUCAGAAAAAUCUAUAUUACAAUUUAGAAACAAUAAGUAUUGAUAAACGUUUAGAAGCUAUGGAAAAGAAAUUGCGUAAUCUCUUUGUUGGAUCAAAUACGUCAGCUUCAUCAGAUGUUUUGAAUAAAUAUGCAGUAAAAAUCGUUACAGAAACUUACCAUCCAAUUACAACAUUCAGUCAACACUGUGCAGAGUGUUGUAAAAAUCUAAAUGAAUUGCGAUCUUGUAGUCAUUGUUUAAAUCAUUCAGCUCGUAGUAAUUGUACAGUUCAAACGGUGGAUAUUCUCAAAAAAUGUCAAUAUAUUGAUAAAUCAGUUCAAACAUUAUGUAAUGAAUCAACAACUAUUGUUACAUAUCCAAAAUACUUUAAUGAAAAAGCAACAAUUACAAAUGAAAAUCAAAUUAUUUCAAAAUUGCAAAUGAAUAAUCAAUUAACUUCAUUUAUUUUCCCCCCUAAUAAUCAUUCACAUAUUAAUCAAUCAAUAAUCGAUCGAAACGGUAUUUCAAAAGAUAAUGAUGAUGAUAAUGAAUCUGUAUCUAAAUUUACAUCUAGUGAAUGCCUUGAUAUUAUUGUAACACCCGAUUUUGAGAUGGAUAGAUUGAAACAAACUGAUUAUUUAAAAGUUCAAUUAAAUAAUAAUCAACAUAUUGGUUUGGAUCAAAUAAGACAAACACAAAGUGUAAGUAGAAAAUUUUGAUAUAUAAAGUUUAUCUGGCAAUACUUUUAAUAAUUUGAAAUAGUCAAUAUAUAUAUAUUACGGAAACUGGGAACCUUCCUACAAUCUUAUCCAUCAUUCUAAAGACCCUUUUGCAUAUUUUUUUUAAUACACUCGUCUGAAAUUCUAAGGCCUGUUUUAAAUUCACUGUCAUUUGUUUAGAUAUGAUUAAUUAUCUAUAUGACUAGAAUAUUUUUAAGUAAUAGUGAUACAUUAAAAUGAUGAUGAUGAAAUCAGUCAUGAUAGUUUCUACAAUUGAUUAAUCACUGCUCAGUGAUCAAUGUCAUAUAUGUCUAUUACUUUUCAGUGUUGCUUAAGUUGUAAUGUGGUCAUCAGUAUAUAUGUGACUCACCAUCGUAUGAACUAUGUUAAGAUGUACUGUGACGGUCAAAGUUAGUCGACAGUAUAUUUGUAUUUCUUUAUUUUAUUUACAAAUUUGAGUAUAUCGCUUAAAAACAUACUUAGUCAUCUGUGUAGAAUGUCAGGUAAGACAACUAAUUGGAAUAUGAUUAGUUGAGUGUUGGAUAUAGUGGGACAUGAUUAAAAUUCAUGGUCUAUAACUUAACUUACACAAAAUUGGUAAAACAUUUCACAUCUAUCUGAAUGUACCAUUCAAAUUUGCUUGAACUAUGUGUUUACCUUCUAGUCUUUUGAAGGACUUGGUUAAUUCGUCUCUUAUUUUAUGGGGUCUCUGAUUUUUUUCUUCUCUGUUUUAUGUAUUCUACUGAUUAUAUUAGUGGUUUUAGCCGGAACCAAUGUGAUGUGUAAAAGGGCUAUAUUGAUAUAGAUAACUUAUAAAAACAAAAAUAUAUGCUUGAAAAUUUUAAUCGAUCAGUGCUCGGAGAUUUGGUUGAUUUCCUUUGAUAUCCAACUAGAAAAAACUUAAAAACUACAGAAGACUAAAGAUUACUUUCCUCCUUCCGAAGGCUAAAUUGUGCCAUGAUCACCCUGAAACCAAAAUCUUAUGCGAUUAAUCUCACCCAAAGUCACAAUUAAACACUGCUAACCAGCCUAAAUCUAUAAUGAAACAGCUUCUUAUAACUCUUUGUUUCCCAAUUAUUUUCUAGUCCGCUGUACAAAUUUCUCCCAAUAUUUGGUUAGUCACUAUGUUAUUCAGUAUCUUGUUCCGCUGACAUGGUAUAGUAUGAUAUAGUAAUGACAAGAGCUAUUUACAAAUAAAUAUUUCACUGUUAAAAUGAUUUAGUGAUAUAAUCUAUUCGUGUUAAAGAUUGAAUCACAUGUAUGUUCAGAUGCAUACCAAAGGAUUUUAUUAACCUAUAGUAUUAGAUAGCUUAGUAACAAGGCUUUUAUUACCAUGAUCAAUCACAUUCACAUGGCAGACAUUGAGAAAAGUAGUGGAUUUAUACGUAGCUCCUUCGUUGACAUAACACAUCCUAAUGAUUAUAAUCUAAACUACCUAUUCAUACAGUGGUCACAAUUGAUUCCCCAUCUAUAAACAAGAUAGAUUAUCUUAUCAGGAGACAACGAAGUGUAAUUUUUUAUUUUCCACAGAAUUAUCUGAGGGGUUUACUCUGCCUUUUACUCAAUAAAUGAUGUGGAUAUUAAACUUUACGACAAUCGUCUGCUAAUUUGUUUUUUCAAUCUGAGUUUUCAAGUUCUUUUUAUAUAAGUCUCGUGCCUACUUCUUUCAUACACAAAAGUAGUGAGUGAUAGUGUACAGUAUUAUUUAUGAAUAGAUAUUGUAAACGAAGUAGAAACCACCAAAUUUCGGCAAAAUAGCAAUUAUACGUAACUAGAAGUAUCAUAAAUCGACGCAUCUUUCGCGUUACUGAAAUACUUUAAAUUAAUAAACUAUUUACAUGUAUUUUGUUUUAGUUCGAAUCUGGAUUGAACAAUGAAGAAAAUUAUAUUGAUAUUGAUAAAAUUCCUGCCACUUCAAGAUCAUAUAAACAAAACAAAACUUUCGAACCUAACUUUCAUUAUGGAACUAUGGAACCGAGUAUUCACAAUUCUCGAAAACAAUCUACAUUAGAAUCGUCUUUCGAAACAAUAUAUGAUCAAACAAAAUUGUGCUAUAAACUUUAAUACGUAAAAGUUUAUUGGGAAUUUGUAAUUUUCACAGCCAAUCAAGUAUCGACGAUUAUUUGAACAGAAAUUAUCCAAGAAAAAUAAAAUAAAAGUUAUUCUUGAA